AUGGUUGCUACAUGCCGCGCCACCCACUCCGCUCGCCUCGCGCAUUUCAUUCACAACACAGCGGGGCAGAGUCCAAGCAUUGCACAUCUGACCAACUUCGAUCUUCAUCUGCAGGCCGCACCCACCGAAAUCAAAUUUACCAUGGAGGACAUGAUCAAGGAUGCAAUCAAGAACAACAAGGAAAACGUCCGGGGUGGCGUCAGUCGACCAGCCAUCAAGAAAUAUCUCGCUUUCCGCUUCAAGGUUCUUGACACCCCGGCCAACAUUGCUCGUCUGAACAAAGCCAUUGCUCGAGGGGCCGAGAAAGGUGUUUUCUCUCUGCCCAAGGGCGCCAGCGGCAAGGUCAAACUAGCCAAACCCGUCAAACCCGUCUAG